AUGUACCUUCGAGCAUAUAGCAGAAGUGUCGCACAGCCAGAUGUACUGCCAGGAGCUCUGUUGAAUGUGCUGUACAUCCGCUCAGGUGGACAGAGCUUCCGGCUAAAGAAUGCCAGGAGUUCUUGUCUAUCAUGUACUUCUUACUCCAGGAUAGUUCCUACUGCAACUUUGCUGUCAUCUGUGGUGAGGCAGAGCUGGGCAUUGGGGGUGGGCCGUGCUAAGAUAGUAGCCCUGGUGAGGGCUGUUUUGGCAGCUGAGAAAGCUCUCUCUAAUUAUGCCGAGCAAGGCUGCCAAGUUUCUUCAGCUGGUGUCGAGCCUGACCCUGAAAAGAUUUCUUCCAUAGCUGAGAUGCCAGCCCCAAAGAGUGUUAAGGACAUAUGUCAUUUCCUGGACUCUACUGGUUUCUUUAGAUGGCAUAUUAAAAACUAUGUCAAGAUUGCUGCCCCUCUCACUUGUCUCACCCAUAAAGAUAAUUUUGACCAACAUUUUGAGAUCCACACAGAUGCCUCUGGAGUAGCAAUUGGGGCAUGUCUGAUGCAAGGUGAUGAUAAUGCCCAUCUCCAUCCAGUGGCUUACUUCUCUCAGAAACUCAGGGAUGCUGAGCUGAGAUACCCAGCAAUAGAUGCCAAAGCAUUGGAGGCAGUUAGACCAUUUGACUCAUAUCGACAAGGCACACUACAUUGUGUUCCAAAUCAAUUAAGAAGAGAUGUUGCAGCCAUCUCACUUCAAGAUAUUAAACCUCAAACACUCAGACUUCAGCAGUUGGAAGAUCCUUUUUGUAAAGUUAUCUUUUACUUAGAAAAGGAAAAACUUCCCCAGCAUUGUUUACCACUUUACUUAGAUGAGUUUGAGAUGAAAGUGCACCAUAUUCCAGAUCAGGUCCUUCAUCAUUUGGUUGUACCAAAGGCCCUCUGUAGUGCGACACUCCGUCUUGCUCAUUCUAUCCUCACUGCAGCUCACCAAGGGAUUUACCACACAUACUGUAAAUUACAUGAUCUGUUUUACUUUCCAAACAUGCUUUGCACCAACGACGCAAAAGGUACAGCCUAUCGGGUACCUCUUACAGCAGGCCCUCAAUUAACACUUUCGCUUGAAAAAGUAUCAGCAGAUCUCGAGCUUGAUACAACUACUGAAGGAAAUAACAAAGAUGCCCCUACAGUUACUGAGGCUUUUCUUCGCCAUUUUGUAACUUUGUUUGGCCCCCCGAAGUUACUACAAACUGUUAUUGGCACAGAAUUCAAGAAUGUCCUCUUUUCUAAAGUUUGCGAGUUGCUAAGCAUUAAGACCAGUUAUACAACUAUUUUUCAUCCACAGGCUAAUGGCAUAGUUGAGAGGAGCAACAUAGUGGUGAAAAACACCGUAGCCACUCUACUUGAGAUUUUUCCUCAUGAGUGGGAUGAACUGCUUCCCUAUGUUCGAAUCGCUGUUAGUGUUCAUAUGUACACAGGAAUACAACCACUGUAUCUUCUAAUGGGUCAUCAUGGAAACACGAACUAUAUGGAGGAGGAUCCAAAAUCUGUAGGAGCAUAUGUCCAUAUUGCUGCAGAGACCUCCACCCAGGCCCAUGAAAAAUUGCAAUAA